GAUAGACUCAUUUGUCUGCAAGUUCAUUCCGCAAUCUCUCUUCAGUCCAGCUGUGAAGGGCUGGUCAAGACACAAAGGAAGAACCUGCUGAACCUUGACAGUCUUAUCUAUCUUUCAAAGCUCUUCUUCCUGUUUCCGAUCCUUGGUGCAUCCCUGAGGCGGUAGCCAGAGUCCCAUGGCCGUGUCUGACAAACCCGCAAAAACGAGCAAUGAGGCCGCACCUCCUGUGACAGGAAGCAGUAUGCCGCAUAGCAGCGUGCUGAGGACACCAGAUAUGGCAGAUGCGAUGUGGCUCUCCCAUCUCACAUACCACCAAACCCCUGGUUCAACGAAUGAGCGCACGGAGAGGGGGCGUGCAUCAUUGUGUGAUGCUAGUCCAACAAGGCCCAUAAAUGGCUUGCUACCUCCCUUUUCAAGUCAACAUGUGCAUCUUCCUACGCCGCAGAGUCCUGGUAAUCUUGGUGCAUAUGGGCAGUCGAGCUCACGCAAUGCUGCUCUCAAAGGCCAAAUCUUGCUGGAGGAUGCCCUGCCAACAGAUUUUAGAUCUAUCCCGUAUCCUUCUGAGUCUUCUCCAACAUUCAGGCCCCAUAAAAUGAUCACACCAGAUUCCAGCCCACUUGUUAUACGCUCUCGUGCAAACGGACCCCAUGGAAAGAACGAUAAGAGAAGUCACUCGCCCCCUCGGAUUACAAGAAGAACGCCACCCACAAGUUUCAUAAAUGGACUCAUCGGGGGAACUGCAGAACGUUCUCCUCGUCCUCGGAUCUCUGUUGCGCAAGAUAACAUAUCCAGUGUUACUACGCAGCAAUCAGGGGAAGUCAAGAGUACCACCCCAAACAGAAAGCGUCAAGCAUCUCAAGCUUCAUCUACCGAUUUCCUACCUCCGUCUAGCAGCAUGUUUUCACCGCCUCCUGCAUCACAGGAACUUGGCGAAGAGGUCGGAGGGGAAAUGGCUCGGAUCCGUGCACAGCUGUUAGAGAAUCAGAUCAGCCUCACGCGAGAAGCAGAGGCACGGAGGCCUGAUUACCUCAAGCGUGCAAAGCGUAUAGAGUCACCACCGCCUCUUGAUAUAGACGAUAAAGAAGGACAGCGGGUCGCCGCAACGAUCGGAGUAACGGAGAGUCCUAUCAAAGGCCGGCGCUUAAUGUUAUUUCAGGAAACCUCUGACGAAAGCUUUGAAGAAAGUCUGAUGGCAGGAGGGUACGAUCGCUAUCGCACGGACUUGCAGCGACCUGAGGAUCCUGGGGACCUGGAUCAUGCUGGAGAACCUGAAGCCCUUCCUUUGGUCAAUGAGCAGGAGCUCCGCCAAAAGAACAGAUUGUCGGCUUUCCGGAGUUCCUCCCAAGUUUCCUCCUCACGGUCACAGUUAACACCAGUUGAGGUGGAAGGCUAUGGCAGAGUUUUGAUGGAUAUUGGACCCUCUGAUCCACCCAGUUCAAAUAAAAUAAGCCCAUCGAAGAAGAAGCGUUCUCGGAAAAAGAAGAAGACGCCUUCCAUGGACGAAUUAAAGGACCAGAGUGCCUUCCCUUUGCAGGUGGAAGCAGCUAGUGAUGUUCCAAACUGGCCGGACUCCCAAUUUCCGUGGCGCUUGCGUUCAGAGCAGUGUGACGAUUAUGCCAAAAUGGAGGAAGAACAACGCUUGCGGUACAUCGAAAAUUUCCUUUGCCGGGAUUCGGAUGAUGAAGACCACGAGGAGAGUUUGUUUCAGAACGAAUCAGCGCGUCCUGGGUUCUGCAGUGGCAGAGGCAAAAUGUACCCUCUUUUCGCUCGGUCACAGAAUCGAGAUCGUGGUCCAACCACGGUAUCCGUUGUUCCGAGCGAUCCAGCUGAUGCCAGAACUGCAUUGCUAUCGAAGCGAUCAAUUAGACAGUUCUCGUUUCGACGAACGCCACACAAAUCCACCAACGAUGACAUUGAUGAUGAAAUUGUUUGUAUCUGUCGAGGCAGUGAUGAUGGCCGAGAGUUGGUUCAAUGUGACGGAUGUUACACUUGGUACCACCUACACUGCAUUGGCAUUCGAAGUAUUGCAGACUUGGGCAGGGAGGAAGAUCCGUGGUUUUGUGGUAGUUGCGCCAAAACACCCCCUCCAGAUAUUCUGCCGGCAUCUGAGCCGACCUUCGUGCCAACUGAAGAGAAGCUGAGGCACGACAAAAGCUACGAUCCACCCUUCUUUCAUGUGGGCCUUCACCCUUCGCCAGCGGUCCCAUGGAGCAGCUCUCCACGCCCACCCAUGACUCCACCUGGCCGUAGGGCGGGCCCCCAUAUUUCCUCUGGUUCUUCAUGGGACGAAUCAUCUUCCCAGCCUGGUCCGCAGACACCGCAACACUCCUCUCAAAGUGUUCGUGUGUACACAGCGACACCUGGUUAUACUGAGCCAUUUAUGGCUGACGAAUCUCCAUUUGAUCCAACAUCCACCCCUUCACGCGGCAUCAGGUUUGGCGCUCCCUUUGCAACACCAAAGAAUAAUUUUUGGCAAGGACGUGGUCCUGAGCUGUUCAACACGCCUACUAGACCUAGCGAGGGCAUAUCAAGCCGUCGUUUUGGACACCAUCUGCCGGGAGGUGCAGAAGAUGAUUCGCAUCUUCUUGUCACGCAUCUAUCCUCUAGCCCUGAUAUUACACCAAUUGGUCAUCAUUUCACCCCUGUCGGGCGUCUCGCAGAAUCUCCACUGGCUGCGAAGAAUUCGCGACGUGGGCAAGGCGGCGGACGGUUUCUGGACGGGCAUGUUGACAGCGCGAGAGGAGGACGUCGUGGUUAAUUAUUUGAGUGCCCUUUCGUGAGAUUGUAUGUACUGCUUUAACUGCUUUUGAGUUUUACCCUACUUGACACACGCAUUGUUUUUAUUGAAACACACAUUAAUUUAUGUAUGAACGUUAACAGUUGUAUAGUUUAUUGACUUUAUACGACUCCGCUUGCCAUUGGAGGUGUUGUGACGACGUGGGUAACAGUAAAUUACGGGUAAACGUUGAAACUGGAUUCAAUCGGCCCCGGCGAUGGCUUAGUGGCCA